GCAGGGCUCGCGAGACGUAUGGGCGAGCUAAGAGACUAGAUGAUUACUCGCGUAGCCCUCACUAUGAGGUUGAUGAGAGUAGAGGCGACACUCGAGGCCGGUGGGAGUCAGAUCAGGGUCGGCAAGACGGAUACAGGGACGACAGACAUGAGAGAUCAGACCGAGAUGGAUAUAGGGACGACAGAUAUGAGAGGUCGGAUCGAGAUGGAUAUAGGGGUGGCAGGUAUGAGAGAGGAGAUCGAGACGGAGACCGACGAGAUGACUCGCGCGGAUGGUAUGACUGCGGGGAAGCGUGACGAUUCGCGGGGGUGGUACGACCGAGGAGAUCGACGCGAUGAGUCACGCGGGCGAUACGACCAUGGGGACCGCCGGAAUGACUCACGGGGACGAUAUCAGCAAGGAGGAUCCGGAGGAGACCGCCGCAAUGAUUCGCGCGGCCGUAAUGAGAGAAGGGGAUAUGGCGCGUCAUCCGAUCCACAUACAAAGUCCCCAGACCCCAGAGCAGCGAGGGGUUCGACCUCCAGGAGCGCAGACGACACGCCACCCACUCCCAGGAACUCUUGCGUCUACUGUAGAGGGGAUGAUCAUAUCAAGAGAGACUGCCCAGAUCUCAAACGGGCAAUAGAUAAGGGACUUGUCGUGCUUGAUGACCGCAAGUACGUCAAAUGGGCAGAUGAUCUGGGAGACGUAUCGAUGUUCCGUUCGAUGAAGGAGAAUGUUGAAGCAAGGAGAGUAAAGUCGAGUAGAGGAAAGGAACCGGUUAGGAGCCAGAGCAUCAAGAUAACUUUCGAAGGAGAUAUGGCAACCACACCCAUAAAGGUGGCAGCUACCAAGUCGGCAAAGGGGUCAACAUCGAAGAAGACUGACACGGAUUACGUGAUGACGGAGAAGGACGGACAACGGAUCGAUGGAGAGGAGGUUAUUCUUUCACCGCGAAAGCGGGGAGUGAAUAAGUUCUUGAUGAAGAGUUCGCUGGAUGAGAUUGACACGGUCGAGCCACUGAGACGGGCCCUUCGGCAGCCCAUGCAGUGCUCUAUUUUGGAAUAUCUGGCGGCAUCCAAGCCGACUUGCGACGAGUUACAGAUGAUCAUGCGGAAAACUCGCAUACUACCUCUAUCGGAGGAGGCUCAGGUGACUCCUAAGGCNGCGGCAUCCAAGCCGACUUGCGACGAGUUACAGAUGAUCAUGCGGAAAACUCGCAUACUACCUCUAUCGGAGGAGGCUCAGGUGACUCCUAAGGCGGAUGCUCCUACUGUAGCAGUAUCGGAGGUGACUGCUAGAGCAGAUCGCAUGGCGACAGUCCUUCUUGAUGGGAUGGAAGGUGUGCCUCCAGACAAGUUUUACAUACUUGGUAGUGGGACCGUGGAGGCGAUCCUAAACGACGGAGCGGUACUAGAUGUUGUGAUCGAUAAUGGCAGCGAGGAUGUCAUUAUAGACGAGGAUCUGGUAGAGCAAGUUGGGCUGGGACUCAAUAGGUCAUACUUAUUCGAGAUAGAGAUGACUGAUGGGAGAAAGCAACAGAUCACAGGGGUUUGUCACAAGGCAGCCAUAGAGGUCCAAGGGGUACGUGUGACCCUGCCAGUCUUUGCAGUCAAGAACUGCAGCUCUGACCUGCUCUUGGGACGAACGUGGUUGAGCCAUGUGCAUGUGGGGACGAUAGAGCGACCGGACGGGAACCAGACAUUGUCCAUCAAGAAGUUAGAUGGGGCACGGAUUAUGAUUGAGACAGUGGAGCCUCGAGAUCUGAGGAACAGAGCAGUUCUCGCUGUGGGUGCAAGACCCAGUGAUCACAUUAAGUCAUCCCCUAUCUCCGGUCGCGCGGUGCGAUUUCGCGUGAAGAAGUAUGGACCUCUACUCACAGAAGAAGAAGGCAGGAUUGUAGAAGUGGAGGAUUUAGGGAGUCGGCUGAUGGUGGACGACAACUCGUAUCCAAAGGAGGCAGAUGAGGAAUUUGGCGGCGUGGUAUUUGUGUCUUUUUUAAGGGCACAGCCCCCUAUGGGGGGCUACCCAAGCGACACAAGCGAGUAGCUCAAAAAGUUAAGCCAGCGGCGGUGGGCCGCGAGCGAUCUGCGCUGGAAGGGAUAUCGGAAGAGGAGAUUGCAAAGGAAAUCAAAGAAAGAAAGAAAA